CAGACUGUUUAAAUCCCAGUCAGUCAGGACAGACAGACAGUCAGGACAGUCAGGACAGACAGACAGUCAGGACAGACAGACAGGACAGACAGGACAGUCAGGACAAUCAGGACAGACAGACGGACAGGACAGACAGACAGACAGACAGACAGACAGACAGACAGACAGACAGACAGACAGACAGACAGACAGACAGACAGACAGACAGGACAGACAGGACAGACAGACAGACAGACAGACAGACAGACAGACAGACAGACAGACAGACAGACAGACAGACAGACAGACAGACAGACAGACAGACAGACAGACAGACAGACAGACAGACAGACCAGACAGACAGACAGACAGGACAGACAGGACAACUGGCGUGGUGUUUUCCAAACCUUCACCGUAACACAGUGCAAACUCAGGCUCAACACUGCACCACAGCUACAACACUGCACCACCAGGCUCAACACUGCACCACCAGGCUCAACACUGCACCACCAGGCUCAACACUGCAGCCCAGCCAUGAGCAGCACCAAACAACUCAACAACAGGAGCGGAGGCAAUGCAUCCAAGAAGAAGUGCCCCUUGGCCAUGGGGCUGGAGGACAUUGCCCCCCUGGUGCGCACUGUUGAGGAGAUCCCUGAGCCCAUCACCACGGUGAUCAAGGGGAACAUCCCAUCCUGGAUCAAUGGAAGCUUCCUGCGGAAUGGGCCCGGAAAGUUUGAGUUCGGAAAAGACAACUUCAACCACUGGUUUGACGGAAUGGCCUUGAUGCACCGCUUCUACAUCCAUGACGGUGAGGUGACCUACAGCAGCCGCUUCCUGCGCAGCGACUCCUACAUGCGUAAUUCUGAGAAAGACCGCAUUGUGGUGUGUGAGUUUGGAACCAUGGCCAUGCCUGACCCCUGCAAGAACUUCUUUUCCCGAUUCUUAUCCCGCUUCAAGAUUCCCAAGGCCACAGACAAUGCCAGUGUGAACUUUGUGAAGUACAAGGGUGACUAUUACGUAAGUACGGAGACCAACUACAUGCGGCGGGUGGAUCCACAGAGCCUGGAGACCAAGGAGAAGGUGGACUGGUCUGAAUACAUUGCAGUAAACUCCGCCACAGCCCAUCCUCAUUAUGACCGUGAAGGGGCCUCGUACAACAUGGGCAACUCCUAUGGCAAGGGCGGUUUUUUCUACAACAUCAUCCGUGUGCCCCCGCCUGAGAAGGUAGCGGGGGAAGACAAGGCUGAUUUCAGUGGAGCUCAGGUCCUCUGUUCCAUCCCAGCCUCUGACUCCAGGAAACCAUCCUACUACCACAGCUUCGCCAUGUCAGAGAACUAUGUGGUGUUCAUAGAGCAGCCCAUCAAGCUGGACCUGCUCAAGUUUAUGCUGUUCAGGAUCCAGGGCAAGAGCUUCGACAAGGUCAUGACCUGGGAGCCACAGUAUGAUACCAUCUUCCACGUGGUGCACAGACACACAGGCGAGCAAAGCAAGGUAAAGUACAGCGCCCCACCCAUGUUCACCCUUCACCAGAUCAACGCCUAUGAGGACAAAGGGUUCCUUGUAAUGGACAUGUGCUGCGGGGACGAUGGGGACGUCAUUGGAGACUUCACACUAGAGAACCUUCGAAGGGGUCCAGGGGAGGAGAUGGACAAGUUUUAUAACUCCAUGUGCAGAAACCUUCCACGGAGAUACGUCCUACCCCUGACCGUAACUGAUGACACACCCAGUGACCAAAACCUUGUCACUCUGCCUUUCUGUCAAGCAACUGCGGUCAAGACUGGGUGUGGAAAGGUGCUUUGUACACAUGAGGAACUCUAUGAUGAAGAGCUGUUCCAGUACGGUGGCCUGGAGUUCCCACAGAUCAACUAUGCCCAUUACAACGCGCGUCCUUACCGCUACUACUACGCAUGCGGCUUCGGACACCUGUUCAGCGACUCCCUGCUGAAGAUGGAUCUGGAGACCAAGAAACUUAAGGCAUGGCGUCACCCUGGUCUCUUCCCAUCUGAGCCUGUGUUUGUUCCUGCGCCCAACGCAACAGAGGAGGACGAUGGUGUGGUCAUGUCCAUCAUCAUCACACCCAGAACUGAGAAAAGCACGUUCCUGCUGGUUCUGGAUGCCAAGACUUUCACGGAGCUGGGCCGGGCAGAGGUUCCAGUCAACAUUCCAUUUGGAACUCAUGGAGUGUUCAAUGAGAUGCAAUGAAAAUGCUAACGUCAGAACCCCUUCAGCAUUCUGUGAAAUUACUCCAUCCAAAUCAAAUCAAAUCAAAUCAAAUUUUAUUUGUCACAUACACAUGGUUAGCAGAUGUUAAUGCGAGUGUAGCGAAAUGCUUGUGCUUCUAGUUCCGACAAUGCAGUAAUAACGAACAAGUAAUCUAACUAACAAUUCCAAAAAAACUACUGUCUUAUACACAGUGUAAGGGGAUAAGGAAUAUGUACAUAAGGAUAUAUGAAUGAGUGAUGGUACAAAGCAGCAUAGGCAAGAUACAGUAGAUGAUAUUGAGUACAGUAUAACAUAUGAGAUGAGUAUGUAAACAAAGUGGCAUAGUUAAAGUGGCUAGUGAUACAUGUAUUACAUAAGGAUGCAGUCGAUGAUAUAGAGUACAGUAUAUACAUAUGCAUAUGAGAUUAAUAAUGUAGGGUAAGUAACAUUAUAUAAGGUAGCAUUGUUUAAAGUGGGGUCUAGCUAGCUACAUCUUCAGAUAUUACAUGUUUCUCGAUGGUACAGCUAUAGAACUUUUUCAGGAUCUGGGGACCCAUGCCAAAUCGUUUCAGUCUCCUGAGGGGGAAAAGGGGUUGUCAUGCCCCCUUUACAACUGUCUUGGUGUGUUUGGACCAUAAUAGUUUGUUGGUUAUUACAUAAUUUCCCAUCAAUUCCCAUUAUUAAAGUGGCUGGAGUUGAGUCAGUGUCAUUGACAGUGUGUUGGCAGCAGCCACUCAAUGUUAGUGGUGGCUGUUUAACAGUCUGAUGGCCUUGAGAUAGAAGCUGUUUUUCAGUCUCUCGGUCCCAGCUUUGAUGCACCUGUACUGACCUCGCCUUCUGGAUGACAGCGGGGUGAACAGGCAGUGGCUCGUCUUUUCUGAUGCUGUUAAGAUAACAUCUCUAACUACUGCAGUACUCUUGGAGCAUUUUUGGUACAGCCAGAGGAGGAAGGCCCUCUCCUCUGAGUCUUGUUCCUCUUGAGGCUAAGACUCUCGAGGUUUGUUCCUUCUAGGGAGUUUUCCCCUGCCACUGUACUUCAGCUGCUUGCUAUUUGGGGUCUAGGCUCGGGUUCUGUAAUAAUAAUGAAGUAAUACAUUGGAUUUUUAUAGCACUAUGAAGUAUUUUGUACCAACUGCUAAGGUAGAAAGGCUUUAUAAAUACAUCUAAUUGAUUUAUUGAUAACACAGAACUGAGGAGAACCAGUUCCUCAGACCCUUUUAAAAUGUCAGUCUGUAGACACAUCUAUCUAUGUCAUAUCCUUAUCUAAAGGUGCCCUGCUUUGUAAAGUAAAUGUUGAUGUUGGUGACUGAUCUGGUGUUUUUUCAUGGACAUUAACUGUAGACCUUAGACUAAAACUUUUUUUUUUUUUUUUCACUACUUUGGUAUUCACAAUCAGUGUCAAUAUUUGAUCAAAUAUUUCUGCGGCAACUAAUUUUCUCUACAGCAAAUUACAAGAAGUCAACUGAGGCUCUGAAGUGAAAUGAGUUUUACUUGUUUAAUUUCCGAUCUUCAAAGUGUUUCAUAACAUGUACGCAUUUGAAAUACUAUACUCCCAUAGCCGUGCAGUGCACUUACAAAACAUGAAAAUGCCUCCAGGAAAUGUAAUUUCAGUUUAAGUAAUGUGAUAUAAAAUGGACAUUGUCUAAAAUGCCAGUAAAACAAAUGGCUUUCAGCAUUCAAUAGCCACCACUGAGAGCCAAAGGAAGGUCACAUUGACAACUCAGAUUGCAUUUCAUCCCAUUGUCAUGGCCCACUGUAAGGGUGACUUACACACACAUUCUUUUCAUAGACUGAAACAGAUUUAAUUGUUACAAUACAACUGUAGAAUGCAUUGCAAAUCUAUAUUAGUUUCUCAAUACUUCAUAAUUCUCAUUGUCACUGUCAUAAUUUAGCUGCUAGCUGGAUCACUGAAGGGAAUGUAGUCCAGAGGGUUGCACACACAUUAGUGAGAGCAGGAAGACUGAAAGAGCAGUGGAAGUAGCAAACGGCUGCCUAUUUAAUCAUAUUUUCCAUUCAAGCCAGGUCUCCCUAGGUUACUUAUUAAUUACCCCAUAAUUCCUAAUCUAAUCAGUCAUGCUUAACUACUCUUUGUACUCAAAUAUUCAAAUUAAUUAGUGGUCUAUCCAAAGGGCAGGAACAUUGGUAUGAGGGGAGGCUGCCAGGGACCGUCUGUAUCGACAUUUGAAUAAAUGUGGCACUAAUUUGCAUAUUGUCAAA